UCCGGAGCUGGGCGCAUGAUGGCGGCAGCCGCCGCAGCGGAGGUGAGCAGCGCCGGGAGUAGCAGCAGCGAUACCUCCAGCACGGGCGAGGAGGAGAGGAUGAGGCGCCUCUUCCAGACCUGCGACGGCGAUGGGGACGGCUUCAUCAGCAGGAAUGACUUGCUGAUGGUGUGCCGCCAGCUGAAUAUGGAGGAGUCUGUCGCGGAGAUCAUGCACCAGCUGGGAGCAGAUGAAAAUGGAAAAAUUUCCUUCCAGGAUUUUAGUCAGUGCCGCAUGGAACUCGUUCGAGAAAUCAGAAAGGAGGAAGUGGAGCUUUCUGUGAAAUCGAAUGACUCUUGUAAAAAGAAAAAGUUAAGGGAUAGGAUAGCUUCCUGGCCAACUAGCAGCAAUAACAGUUUAGGUGCCUUAUCAGGAGCCAGAGAAAGCUGGGAGUAUGAUUCAGGAGCAAGAGACCUUCAGAGUCCAGACCUCCAGAGUAAUUUUGCACUGCAAAAGAUGUUGGGGUAUGGUGGAAGCAAUGUGACUCAACAGGCUGCUCUGCAGAGACUUCUAGUUCAGGCCUCAAAUUUCAGCAACUCUGUUGGAGGAAGCUACUUAGAACUUGCCAACACUCUUCAUUUAGCAGCCCUGGCUUCAUUAAAGGGAGACAUAGUGGAGCUUAAUAAACGUCUACAACAAACAGAAAGGGAGCGUGACCUCUUGGAAAAGAAAUUGGCAAAAGCACAGUGUGAACAAUCCCACCUAAUGAGAGAGCAUGAAGAUGUGCAGGAGCGAACAACACUACGCUACGAGGAACGAAUCACAGAGCUGCACAGUAUCAUUGCUGAGUUAAAUAAGAAAAUUGAUCGACUACAGGGAACAACAAUAAGGGAGGAAGAUGAGUAUUCAGAGCUGCGGUCAGAGCUCAGCCAAAGCCAGCAUGAGGUUAAUGAAGACUCACGCAGCAUGGACCAGAAUUCUGUUUCGGUGCCAGAGAAUCAGUCCACCAUGGUCACUGCAGACGUAGAUAACUGUAGUGACUUGAAUUCAGAGCUGCAAAGAGUGCUGACAGGUCUGGAAAAUGUUGUCUGCGGGAGGAAGAAAAGCAGCUGCAGUUUGUCAGUAGCAGAAGUGGACAGACAUAUUGAACAACUCACUACUGCCAGUGAACAUUGUGAUUUAGCCAUUAAGACCGUAGAAGAGAUUGAAGGUGUACUGGGACGUGACCUUUAUCCAAAUCUAUCUGAAGAGAGAUCUCGAUGGGAAAAGGAGCUAGCUGGCUUGCGGGAAGAGAAUGAGAGCCUCACGGCCAUGCUGUGUAGCAAAGAGGAGGAGCUGAACAGGACCAAGGCCACCAUGAACGCGAUUCGUGAAGAAAGGGACAGACUGCGUAGAAGGGUCCGGGAACUGCAAACACGUUUGCAAAGUGUGCAGGCAGCAGGCCCAUCCAGCCCAAGUCGUCUCACUUCUGCCAAUCGACCCGUUAACCCCAGCACGGGAGAGCUCAGCACAAGCAGCAGUAGCAAUGACAUUCCCAUAGCCAAGAUUGCUGAAAGAGUGAAGUUAUCAAAGACAAGAUCAGAGUCUUCAUCAUCUGAUAGACCUGUCUUAGGAUCAGAAAUCAGCAGCAUAGGGGUGUCUAGUACUGUGGCUGAACAUUUGGCGCAUUCCCUCCAAGACUGCUCAAACAUCCAGGAAAUCUUCCAGACUCUCUAUUCACAUGGCUCUGCUAUCUCUGAAAGUAAAAUCCGAGAGUUUGAAGUGGAGACAGAGAGAUUAAAUAGCCGUAUCGAGCACUUGAAAUCCCAGAAUGAUUUGUUGACCAUAACACUGGAAGAGUGCAAGAGCAAUGCCGAGAGGAUGAGCAUGCUUGUUGGGAAGUACGAGUCCAAUGCCACAGCCCUCAGGCUUGCAUUGCAGUACAGUGAACAGUGCAUAGAAGCAUAUGAGCUGCUGUUGGCAUUGGCAGAAAGUGAGCAGAGUCUUAUUCUUGGGCAGUUCAGAGCUGCAGGUGUUGGUUCUGUUGGGGACCAGACAGGUGAUGAAAACAUCACCCAGAUGCUUAAGAGAGCUCAUGACUGCAGGAAGACAGCUGAGAACGCAGCAAAAGCCUUGCUGAUGAAACUAGAUGGGAGCUGCGGAGGAGCCUAUGCGAUCACUGGCUGUAGCGUGCAGCCCUGGGAAAGCCUGUCAUCCAACAGCCACACAAGUACUACCAGCUCAACUGCAAGCAGUUGUGAUACGGAAUUUACAAAGGAGGAUGAGCAGCGGCUGAAGGAUUACAUCCAGCAGUUGAAAAAUGACAGGGCAGCAGUGAAGCUGACAAUGCUGGAGCUGGAAAGCAUCCACAUUGAUCCCCUUAGUUAUGACGUUAAACCUCGUGGAGACAGCCAGAGGCUAGACCUGGAAAAUGCAGUCUUGAUGCAGGAACUUAUGGCAAUGAAGGAGGAGAUGGCAGAGCUCAAGGCACAGCUUUACCUGCUAGAGAAGGAGAAGAAGGCAUUGGAAUUGAAACUGAGCACUCGAGAGGCCCAGGAGCAGGCCUACCUUGUCCAUAUUGAGCACUUGAAGUCUGAAGUGGAAGAGCAAAAAGAGCAGAGAAUGAGGUCUCUCAGCUCAACCAGCAGCGGAAGCAAAGACAAACUGGGCAAGGAGUGCAGUGAUGGCACCACAACACCGUUAACACUAGCUGAGCUGAGACCAUACAACGAGAGUGAACUGACUGCUGAACUGACAAACGCGCUCAGGCGGGAGAAGAAACUGAAAGCUAGAGUGCAAGAGUUAGUGAGUGCUUUGGAGAGACUCACGAAGAGCAGUGAAAUCAGACAUCAGCAGUCUGCGGAAUUUGUUAAUGACCUUAAAAGGGCAAACAGCAAUUUGGUAGCAGCUUAUGAAAAAGCAAAGAAAAAGCAUCAAAACAAGCUGAAGAAACUGGAAUCACAAAUGAUGGCCAUGGUGGAGAGACAUGAAACACAAGUGAGGAUGCUCAAACAAAGAAUAGCUUUACUAGAAGAAGAGAACUCUAGACCACACACCAAUGAAACUUCACUUUAAAUGCAUCUCUUUCAAAGAUGCUUAGUGCCAUUACAAAUUUAUUUCUUUUGGAGGCUGACUUUCAGUUAGCUUCAAACGCUAAAAGCUCUGACUGUCAAUGCUGACACACUUAAGCACCUUCUCUGGGAUCCCAGAGAGGUGUCAUGGGGAUAAUGUAAGUGUUAACCUUAAGGACUGUUUCAUAAUGUAAAAUGGCAGUGCCUGAAUUAUCAUGUUAUAAUUAUGUACAUUGUCUGUGUCAUUAUGUCUAUAUUCUUACAGCUUCUCUUCCAUUUUAUGUAUGUCCCAUGGGUGACAGUGUCACACAGCAAAAUAAUUCAUGUUAAGAGGUUUUAAUUUGGGCAGUUUGGAGAUAAUUUGAGAGUUUUCCCAAUCCCUGCGCUCCCUCUGCACACAACUGCGUAUUGUACCCUCAAAACUUGCUGCUGUGCUUAAAUCAACUAAACAGGCAGCUGCAGAGUGGGGAGCUGAUAGGCUGGCUUGCUUUUUUUGCACCGUACUUGUAGUACUGUUGCUCACAGUGCCGAUCAGGUAGGAAAACUCCUGUUGAUUUGGGAAAAAAAAACCAAGAAACCCUAGCUGCAUUUCUGAAAACUAUGAUAAUGGUGUGUUUCAGACAGUUUGUAAGAGGACUAACAGCUUUGAGUUUCACAAUGCCAGAUAGAUAGUCUGUGCCAAGGUUGGGUAAGAAGUUAUAGGAGACCUCCUGGUAUUUAUAUUGCAUGGUGUUUGCAAUUACUUUGUGAAACAGUUGGUUUUUCUUGUUAAUACAUUAUAGCCAAGGUUUUCUGUAAGAAGCUGGGCCAUUUUUUGUCACGUGUAUAGUGCUUAUUACAGCUUUCUGUGAUCAAAAGGUAGAAUGUCGUCUUUUUAUACUUGUUUUGACCAAAAAAGGUACUUACUAGGAAUGUACCUGUUUAAUAUUGAAUUCAUAGGCACAAAACUAAAUGUGUAGGUGUAUGGAUAUACAGCCACAAACAGAAUGUGAAUGGUGAAGUCUUCAUACAGCUUCUUAGGUUAGUUAGUUUUUGUUACUGCUAACAUUCUCUUCUUUUGUUUAAGUCACAUCAUGUUACUGUAUUGUCAAACUGACUGAUUGAAAAUGUUGGCCUAUUAUUGCAAUGAACAUUAAGCAAAGCAUGGUGAUCAGGUUGAUGUCUCCAGGGAGCAAAAUACAGGACUCUGCCAUAGCACCUGUUUCAUUCAGAACUUGCUUCUCUUUUGACUGUGUAAAACAGCUUCCAUGUUUGUUUUAACAUGCCAAACUAGACCCCAUUAACUUCGUUAGCCUGUUACUGUGUUAGACCUCUACUUUGUAUUUUUCAGGCUCUGUUUUCAAGUGAAACAGAUUUCAGGAGUUGUCUAUCCUUUUUAUUUUGUAUGUGGAGUUGCACCUCAAGUUUUAUUAGUGUUUUUAGAAUUAUGAAAACUUCUCUCAUUUAUUCUUCCAACUUCUAGUACUAAGGCAGUAUUUUUAGAGGACUUGAACCAUUUUUGUCUACUCCUGGGUUAGGCCAGGCAGACAAAAAAAUUGUGGGAAUUUGUUUUCAGAAUAUGGCAUUAUUGUUAAGUCUUGGUUACAUCUGAAACUGUAGCAGCUGGUGUUCAUGACAUCUCUUACUAUUGUAGCUGCUGUUUUCUUCUUUUCUUAGGGUAGUGAUUCCUACUUCUCUAGAGUCUGAUACAUCAGCUACAAAGCCAACAUCAUAUGUGAUUGAUUGCAAUAGCAAAUUAAAACAGUGCUGAUUUCAAAAUUAAGUUGUAGAUAGUGAUGCCUUGGAAUUGGUUUUGAUCAGUCCUCUUUCUCAAGAUAAUUGCACUUCAUAAUGCAAAUGGAAGUUUUUGCAAACCAGUCUGCUGAGGGAGCAGGCACAUUGAUUUCUUACUGUCUUUACGGUUUUGCAAAGUAUCUAUCU